CCACGUCCUGCUAGCUGUCGUCAUAGCAGUACAUAUUCGUAAACCGACAGCCCUGUCGUGUUGUUAUCUUUGUGCUGCUUUAAGUGAACUUUAAACCUAUUCAAAUGUCGGGCUCCGGGCUCCAUAUGAUCAAGACACGCAGGCACCAUCGUAUUUUAUCAAAGCUGGCGACGUGAUCAGAGAAGUUUGCUCAAAUUCAAGGUUUAUGUGUCUCUGAUGAUGGCUAUCUGGCAGCCGGUGACCAAUCUUAGAGAUUAUGUAACCCACAAUCCUCCAGUGGUGACGUUUUUCGUGUGUAUGUUGAUUCUGGCUAUCUCGUUCAUCGGCCUCACUUCUUACAGCUCCACUCACACCCUGCCUAACCCUGACACAACAAAGGACUGGAACCAUCUACUGUCCUCCUUAUCACAGUUCCAGCUGUGUGUGAAAGCCAACGUGAGCUCAGCUGAGCUGGCCUCUCCAGCCCCCUUCCCUCUUAUGGAGCAGGAAAUACAUAAAGAGACUUCAGUUAACUCUACAAAGACUCCUUCAGUUAACUCUACAAAGACUCCUUCUGUCACCAGUUUGCGUCUCAGGGUCCCUCUGGUUGUGACUAACAGCUCAAACAGUGGCUCCCUGAAAGACCUUGAUCUGCACACCACCUUGAAUGCUAGUCAGCUAAAUCUUGGAGGCAAUGAGACUGUCAGUGUGACUCUAGACAUUCUGUCUGAAAAUGAUACGGCGUACACCUGCCUUACGAUACGUGCCCCAACAGGCCUCCUGCCCAUGAGCCCACGUCCCCCAGAGUGUCCUGCAACUGUGAAAAACAUUUCACCCAUACAUGUGGAAGCAAGCAACAAGCCUACAGCAUCGCAAACCUGCUACAGUUUACACUCCAAGAAUGACCCUACACUCACAGUCAUGUUAACAAGGGAGGAACAGAGUCUGGCAGAGCGACAUCUUUUGGAAGUCAGUGUGUGUCUGCUUGGAGUUUGUUUCAUACUCUGUUUAGCUGUUAGUCUCACACAUUCACAGACACGCCGCUACCAUUGGAAUGGACUAGAUCUACAAAAUGAGCCUUUGAUCGACCCCUGAAUAUUUUCAUCUACUGAAAAAUGAAGAAAUCAGACAGUGGUUGAGAAAGAAGAGCAGUGUAUAUCAGUAAUUAAAGUGGGCACCCCGAUGAUUUUACACAUGAAAACUUGCUAACAUGUCAUGGGGAGCACUACUCAGCCAGUGAAACCGUAUCUGUCGCUCUAGAGGAGGCUGAGAAAUGAACCCUGGUGAUGUCAUCGGGGUUACCUCGGCUUGGGCUUGGAGACUACAUAUUUAUGUAGGAUGCAACUAUUUUGGAGCUUGACUCAUACUACGGACUAAAAGUCAAGCUAUUUCAGCUUCUGCUGCAUCAAUUCUGACCAUUUGAAUCCACCUCUCACAAGUCUUCUAACUUUACUAAGUCACUUGAACAUCCUUUUAUAUGAGACUGAAAUAAUACAUGACAAAAAACACUUGAAGUGAAAUGUGGUCACAGAGAAAUGUGCUCAUGAUAAAGAAGGAGUACUGUAUAUUUUUCUAAUGGGACCAUAGUGUAAAGGGAACAAGUCAUCAAAUUGUAAUGCCCACAGUGUUGCCUGUAGUGUAUUAUAGGUUUUAUUUGCUUUCUGUCAACCUGCCUUGUCUACUUCAUCUUCCUCAUUUACAAAAAUUACUACCAAUAAUAUGCAGGACAUUAAUUUAUUGCAUUCAGCUAUGAGUGAGAGCAAUAGCUUUAAUAUAGUGAGAAUGUGAGAAUGAGAGUGUUUCGGGUCAAAAUAAUAAUAACAAUAUUCAAAUAUUUUUUUAAACUGUCAAAACAGUAGGAUAAUUAUAUGCUGUAUUCUUUUCAGCAGAUGUUUUUAUUUCUACAUUUUACUGGAUCCAAGGUAUCUUGGUAUACCAGGCUUGAUUGCCUGUCUGUUUUGUAACAUUAAAAUUUGCUGUCUUCAAACAACAUUUUCCCAGCAAUAGCAGGAAGGGAACAUUGAUGAUGAAAAAUAAGUACUAUGCUGAAACUGUGAAUCCAUCUUGGGAGUAAAAAAACUUUACCUGAAGUGUCUUUACCAAGUAAUCCAUUUCAUUUGUGGUUCUGCCAAUGCUCGUGUCUUAGCUUGAUACAGACAUACGCUACUUCUUACAAUAAAAUGUUUUACAGUAA